GCAAAAUAAAGCGAAUCAAAAGUGUGAUGCUGCCGCUGAAUGUACAUUGACGAUUGGUCAGUCUGGAAUUCCAUUGAAGCCAUUUCCCACAGUUAUAGAGAGCUGGGCGCUCGUAAUGAACACACAGGAUGUUGAGGUUUAUUGGGAACGCUGAGACAGACCCAAAGGGAUUGUACAUCUGCACUCCGUCACUGGGUUUUGAUUCUGGAAGCUGAAAUCAGAUUCUAAUACAAACAGAGAGGAAUAUAAAAUGAAAGAGUUGUUUCGAAAGGACUAAACGCUUUAAGCUUCGUUCAGUUUGAUAAAAUAAAGCAAGCGAAAAGGAAACGGUUUUCGUGAACCAGCACGAAGAUUGUUAUAUUUUUCAUUUAUAGCCAAUGAGUGGAAAAGAACAUUCAGAAUUCCUCGGUGCUCUGCACUAUCUCAAGACUUAAACGGGAACAUAACAAAGGAUUGUAGAAGAUGGUGACUUGCCAGUGUGUAGCGCACACUCAAUCACUCACAGCUGGAUGUUUGGAUAACAGGAUGUGUUAGCUUUGCUGUGUUCGCAUUUCGGACUUGAACUGCUUCAGUUGGAAGAAUGAAUCAAAAGAGACUUGUCCUGGAGGAUGGAAAUCAAUCAAAGUAUCACACAAUUGAAAAGAGGAACAGAAGUAAAGACAAUCUACUGAUGAACGAAGACUUUGGAGAGGACUGUUAUGGCAGUUAUGGACACUACCAUGGUGAGAACCUGGCCAGACAGGCCUUACCCAAAAGCAGAAGGCAGGCGGUGCGAGGGGCAGCCUACAUGUUCAACGCCCAUCCCAACAGCCUAACCCCAGUAGAGGAACGUUUUCUUGAUGCCGCCGAGUAUGGAAACAUACCUGUGGUGCGCCGAAUGCUUGAGGAGAUCCCUGAGCUGGACGUUAACUGUGUGGACUACAUGGGCCAGAAUGCAUUGCAGCUGGCGGUGGCAAACGAGCACUUAGAAGUAACAGAGCUCUUGCUUAAGAAAGACAACCUGUCGCGUAUUGGGGAUGCGCUUUUGUUGGCCAUCAGCAAAGGAUACACCAGGAUUGUCGAGGCCAUUUUGAGCCACAAAGCUUUCGCCGACUCCAAGAGACUCACAGCGAGCCCUAGUCAGGCUCCAAUGCACGAUGACUUUUUUGCGUACGACGAAGACGGCACGCGCUUUUCUCAUGACGUCACUCCAAUCAUUUUAGCAUCUCAUUGUCACGAAUACGAGAUCGUGCACAUUCUUCUGGGAAAGGGUGCUCGCAUUGAGCAGCCGCAUGACUACUUUUGUGCCUGCGACACCUGCAAUUAUCAUCAAAAGUACGAUUCUUUUUCCCACUCCCGCUCGCGCAUCAAUGCGUACAGGGGAUUGGCCAGUCCAGCGUACGUCUCUCUGUCCAAUCAGGAUCCUGUGUUGGCGGCCCUGGAGCUCAGCAACGAGCUGGCUUCCUUGGCCAAUAUUGAAAAAGAGUUUAAGAAUGAAUAUAGGAAACUUUCUAUGCAAUGCAAAGACUUUGUUGUGGGGCUUCUGGACCUGUGUCGGAGUACAGAGGAAGUGGAAGCCAUUCUGAACGGUGAAGAGGAUGAGACUUUAGAAGUGCCUGGACGACCAAGUCUCAUUCGCUUAAAACUCGCAAUAAAGUAUGAACUGAAAAAGUUUGUGGCCCAUCCUAACUGUCAACAACAGCUCUUAUCAAUAUGGUACGAAAAUCUGCCCGGACUCAGGCAGCAGACCACCGCCAUUAAGUUCCUAGUGGUUUUAGGUGUUGCAAUUGGACUACCCUUUCUAGCAAUGGUGUAUUGGGUGGCACCAUGCAGCAAGAUGGGAAAGAUCAUGCGUGGCCCAUUCCUUAAGUUUGUGGCACACGCGGCCUCCUUCACUAUUUUCCUUGGCCUUUUGGUCAUGAACGCUGCAGACCGCUUUGAUGGGACAAAGUUGCUUCCAAAUAUGACCAUUCAUGACUAUCCGACGCAGCUGUUUCGUAUGAAAACAACUCCUUUUACUUGGAUGGAAAUGCUCAUCAUUUCAUGGGUCAUAGGGAUGAUUUGGGCAGAGUGCAAAGAGAUCUGGUCCCAAGGUCCAAGAGAAUAUCUUCUUGAGCCUUGGAAUUUGCUAGACUUUGGAAUGCUGGGCAUUUUUGUGGCAUCCUUCAUCUCAAGGAUAAUGGCUUUCUGGCAUGCGUCUGUAGCACAAUGCUAUGUUGAUGAGCACUACACUGAUUUAACCAAUGUUUCAUUGCCUUUUGAGGUGGGAUAUUUCCAGUUGGCUCGGAUCAAUUGGCUCCCGUCUGAUCCUCAAUUAGUUUCUGAGGGCUUGUACGCCAUAGCAGUGGUCCUGAGCUUUUCUCGAAUUGCAUAUAUCCUGCCGGCGAAUGAGAGCUUUGGACCACUGCAGAUAUCUUUGGGACGAACUGUGAAAGACAUCUUUAAGUUCAUGGUCAUCUUCAUUCUUGUCUUCCUGGCCUUUAUGAUUGGAAUGUUCAACCUUUACUCAUAUUAUCGGGGCGCUAAACAAAAUGAAGCUUUCACAACUGUAGAGGAAAGCUUCAAAACAUUGUUUUGGGCAAUAUUUGGCCUUUCUGAGGUCAAAUCAGUAGUUGUGAACAAUGGACACAAGUUCAUCGAGAACAUUGGCUACGUUCUGUAUGGAGUUUACAAUGUCACAGUGGUCAUCGUCCUACUCAACAUGCUCAUUGCUAUGAUCAACAAUUCCUUUCAGGAGAUUGAGGAUGAUGCAGAUGUGGAGUGGAAGUUCGCUCGGGCAAAGCUGUGGUUCACCUACUUUGAGGAGGGCAGAACUCUCCCUGUGCCUUUUAACUUGGUUCCCAGUCCCAAAUCUGUUCUGGGUCUGGUUAUGGGGGUUAAGGGACUUUUGCAAGUGAUUUUCAAAAGACACAAAGCCAUUAUGAAGGGGUCUGAGCUCAGUGAGUUGGGACAGAGCAAAACAUGCCAGGACAAAUCUCUUCCUAGCUCCAGUCGAUAUCAGAAAAUUAUGAAGCGUCUUGUUAAGCGAUAUAUCAUCAAAGCUCAAAAUGACAAAGAAUGUGAUGAAGUCAAUGAAGGUGAACUGAAGGAGAUUAAGCAGGACAUUUCAAGCCUACGCUAUGAGCUGCUGGAAGAAAAGUCACACAACAUGGAGGAGCUGGCAAAGCUAGUGAGGACACUUGAAAAAAAUCUCUCUCAGGACUGCUUGAUACUAAAAUCUCAUUAAAGAAGCCAAGCGGCUGCAUUUUAUUUUACAGAAGCAUAUAAUCAACUAUUUAUCAAGCAAGACAUUUUGCACAAGGACUACAUGUGAUUUCACAUGCUUCUCUGCCUUGGCCUGCUGGGUUAACAGAACAAAAAACAUCUGUUGAGCUUUCCAUGACUGUGAAGAAAUGAUAUUCUGUCUCUCUGUUUUGGUAAUACAUUACAGAUUUUUGGAUUUGUAUGAUAAAUAUGCACAGUUUGCUGUUAAGAUUUUUUUGUCAGACAGUAUAUAGAU